GAAUAGGCCUCCGCUGCUCCACUCCUCCCUUCACAUCUGUCAGCACCUGCCCAAUCGAGAUUUCUGUCUCUGUGCAGUACAGCAUCCAGCCAGGCAGUUUAUGUGCAUUCACCUACUGCACGUUGUACUGAGUCUAGUGAGCACUUAUUCCCAGAAGGAUCCCCUAUGCACACCGAACCACGGUACUGACGGUUCUCCCAGAGCAAGUCCGCCCUGAUACCACCGACGGCUUGUCAGUGACUGUCAAGCACCACAAGCAACUGCACUAGCUUGCUGAGUGACCUUGUGCGCAAGAUAGCAAUCGGCUUCCAGGGUCCUUCUUAUAGGAUCACAGACCGUCUCGUGGUGCAAUCAUACUGCACUGCAUUCCUUAGUCACUUGCCGGGUCGGAAGACCGUAAGUUUCAGAUCCAACAGUUCGGGAGCCAGCAUCGGUCCCAUCGGCCUCACUACAUUCCCCGGGAUCGCUGUAACCUAGUGAUGCCAACGGACGCCCUUUUCACUCCUCCAUCAUCCUACUCUCCUCAGAAGACCCUCGCACGGUUGGACCUUCGGUUGGACACCCACUCUGACGACACUCUAGACGCUGACAUCUUCAACAUGAUUGGUACUGGGUCACCUCAGCCAUACAUCAAGGAAGAAGUCGACGACAUGCAGUUCAACUCCGGUCGCUUUGGAAACCACAACGGUUUCGACAUGAGCCAGCAAUUCAACAACCCCCAGUACAGCUCCGCUCAUGAGAGUGGAAGUGCAAUCGACCCCUCAAACCUCACUAUGAGCGGGAGCAUGAAUAUCAACAGCCAAUUUGGCUCUACCAGCUACGUCCACGGUGCUGCCAAUAUUGCAGACGACGAGCUUGCCGACUCACUCGGAUUCUCCAAUGGCUUCAGCCAAGACAACAUGAACCAGCCGGAGUUCUUCCACUCCAACUCCAACGCUGCGAACAUGAACCAAGUCUACUCCAACACUCCAGAUGAUCUGCCUAUUCAGAGUCCCUUCGUGCACCCUGGGGGGUUCGACUUCAAUCAGUACCAGUCUGGACCGUCAAGGAUGGGCUUUACAAACAGCAUGCAGGCCAACUCGAUGAGGCACCGCAUGGUUAUGAGCAGGACCGGCUCUGACGCCCGCACUCCCAUGUCACCGAAGACCCCAGCGAUGGCCAGUCUGCACCUUGGUACGCCUGACUCGGGCAACUUUGCGUCUCAGCCCAUCAUGACCAACAUGCACCGUCACCAGAAGAGCGUGUCUGGACAGUGGGAAGGCACACCCGGCAGUGCUCACUCCUGGAUCGACUCACCCACACAGUCGCCUCACGCUGCGUCGCUGCAUCACCAGCAGAUCAAUGAGGUCAUGCACGGUAAGCAUGCCUCCUUACCUACGAAAGUCGACAUCGGCCAGACCCAAGACGCGAAGAAGCGCCGCCGCCGCGAGUCUCACAACCUCGUUGAGCGUCGUCGCAGAGACAAUAUCAAUGAGCGUAUCCACGACUUGUCCCGUCUUGUUCCGCAGCAUCGCCUCGAGGAUGAGAAGAUCCGCAAGCACAUCAACAAUAACGGCCCUCUCUCACCGACAAUGGGUGCUACUGGUAUGUCGCCACCCCAGGCAACGUCAUUGCUCGCUGGUGGUAGCGGCAGACGAGCGGCUGGCAGCAUCACACAAGGUCUUCCCAUGGAAGAGAAGGACAAGGGCCCGAACAAGGGAGAUAUUCUCAACGGAGCCGUCAGCUGGACUCGUGAUCUCAUGUGGAUGUUGUACAAGAAGAUGGAGGAGAACGAGGAGCUCACUGCACGCCUGCGACAAGCUACUGGCGAAGAGUGGCCCGAGAUGACGGAGGACGAGAAGCGCAUGAAGACCGAGAUCUUCGAAGCCGUCGAGAAGAACGGCGCUGGUACCUUCAGGUACUCCCGCGGUCCUGGCUCUGGCCUCCGUGUACCCAAGCACACCAAUCUCGCCGGCGAGACUUUGUCUGGUCUCUCGCCUCAGAGCCUCAGUCCUGGCAUGCAAAGCACUGGCAGUGGCUCCGGCUCCAACCAGCAACAAUACUGGUCGAACCAGGCCUUGAAGGAGGAGGACGAGUACGGCAUGGACAUGGGUUGAGUCGCUACAGACUUGGUUCCCUUCGCGGUGUACCUUUCCUUGUCUCCUUCUCGGCUCUUCGAUUCCAUGAUACCCCGCGAUACCCCGCACACUUUC